AUGCUCAACGUCGGCGUCGGUGAGGCCGUCGCAGCCGAAGAGGCAGGCCGACCUGCCAGGCCGCGCAGGCAGCACGGGCUGCAGCUGCCGCUGCACCCUCUGCAGCUGUCCGGCUGGCUGACCUUAGCUAUCCUUUCUGGAGGAGCCUUCCUGGUGCUGAUACCGGCGUUGCCUUUUUUCGCUCAGCCUGCUGCCUUGGCAGUUCUUUCGGUGCUGUUGCUGCUUCAUCUCGCCACACACCUAGCUUCGACCUUGAUCGAUCCAGCCGAGAAAGAUUUGAGAGAGAGGAAACCAGAACCCAUCGAAGUACGCCCACGUGAUCGAGUCCGGGCGCUGCCACCUGUGCCUGAUUCAGACGAGUUGCGCGCGCACCAAACACUGCAGCUCGUGCAACAAGUGCGUGCGCCGCUUCGACCACCAUUGCAAGUGGCUGAACCAGUGCGUCGGCGCGCGCAAUUACGCCGCCUUCCUGAUGAGUCGUUGGGUCUGGACCUGAACUCCACUGUCCCAUCACCAACUUCGUCGCUCCCUUCAAGCGACGCAGCUUUCCUGGCAGUCGUAGCAGCCCUGGGCCUUCUGGCAGCCAUCACGGCUGGUCUGCUGCUCCACCUGUGCUUCUUUCACAUCUACAUCUCUUUCCUGGGACUCACUACCUACGAGUACAUAAGAAACCAACGACAGAACCAGUUACCAACGACGUUAUCUAAAAACGGUGGUGCAGAAGAGCGAGUGGCUAAGAGCCCGACAUCGAGGCACCGGCCGAUCAACCUACGCUGCGGCGAGGAGCGCACACGCACCACCCUCUUCACGUGCACUGUAUUGGAGGAGACGUUCUCCAAUUGCAACGCGGAACCCACCCCCACCCCUCCCACAACGCCGCAGGACUGUCAGAUGUGCGUGAUAACGAGCAACUCGGUAGCGCCGGAGACAGCGCAACAGAAAAGGGUGAAAGAGAGGUGGAACUGUUGUGUUUCUGUACCUGACAGUCCCGAUGAUCCUCACAGCCCUACAGAACCCAAAUGGUUGCUGUCCUUGUGUAGGCAUAAAACAAAAACCAAGAGCAUCCCAGUCAUAGAUGGUAGGCCACAUAGGACCCACGGACAUUGGUCUAGUGCCAAAUUGAGAAUGCUUUUCAGAGUUAUAGGAAAUCUGGGUCAGACCAAACGCCGCCCAAGCCAACAGUCAACUACCCUUCCUAGAUCCAACCAAGUGGUGCCCAACGACCAACCGUCGUCCGAACCCAUCCGAAGCGGCCAACUCCCUACCCGCCCUUCCUGCCCCGCCCAGGCGCCGCCUCAUCAGCGAAAUCGAACUGGCCAAUGCCCUUUCCGUCCUGCAGCAGCAACAACAGCGCUGCGCGCCCAAAAGGCAGCUGUACAGAAAAAGAAGAAGGAGCGUCGUCCACAAACAGAAGACGCCUGCGCUCAGCCCGAUCAGAGAAAGCGGAUUGUCCAAUCCGGCCUCUCCGUCCCGACAAAGUUGUACGGUGUCUGCGAAUGUCAGCACCACGAACUGAUGCCUUAG